UUCCGCCUAAGUUGGGUUGCAGAGUGACGGUCGUUUGGAGGCGCAGUGACUUCGGCAUUUUCUCUGUCUCGCGCUGCCGCCGCUGAAGCCCUCACACCGCUAUGUCCGCGAUUAAAUCCUUAAACCCCAAAGCCGAGGUGGCCAGGGCUCAGGCCGCUUUGGCCGUGAACAUCAGCGCGGCCCGCGGUCUGCAGGAUGUGUUGAGAACCAACCUGGGGCCUAAGGGCACCAUGAAAAUGCUGGUGUCUGGUGCUGGCGAUAUCAAGCUCACUAAAGAUGGUAACGUGUUGUUGCAUGAGAUGCAAAUACAACACCCAACAGCUUCCUUGAUAGCUAAGGUGGCCACAGCUCAGGAUGACAUGACAGGUGAUGGCACCACCUCCAAUGUGCUGAUUAUUGGGGAGCUGCUGAAACAAGCUGAUCUUUACAUUUCAGAGGGUCUCCAUCCCAGGAUUGUGGCCGAAGGGUUUGAAGCGGCUAAAGAGAAAUCACUUGAGAUUCUGGAGCAGGUGAAAGUGACCAAAGAGAUGGAUCGAGAGACUCUCUUCAAUGUUGCUCGGACAUCAUUACGCACCAAGGUUCACAAGGAAUUGGCUGAUAUCUUAACAGAGGCUGUAGUGGAUGCUGUGCUGGCAAUAAAGAAACCAGGGGAAGCCAUUGAUCUCUUCAUGGUUGAGAUCAUGGAGAUGAAGCAUAAAUCUGAGAGUGACACCACACUGGUGAGAGGGCUAGUGUUAGAUCAUGGUGCUCGUCAUCCAGAUAUGAAGAAAAGAGUAGAAGAUGCAUUCAUCCUUACCUGCAAUGUUUCCCUGGAAUAUGAAAAGACAGAGGUAAACUCGGGAUUCUUCUACAAAAGUGCUGGCGAACGAGAAAAGUUAGUGCAAGCUGAGAGAAAGUUUAUUGAAGAUCGAAUUAGUAAAAUUAUAGAAUUGAAGAGGAAAGCCUGCGGUGACUCCAGUAAAGGAUUUGUAGUUAUUAACCAAAAGGGUGUUGAUCCAUUAUCAUUAGAUGCUCUUGCAAAGGAAGGCAUUGUGGCACUGCGGAGAGCGAAGAGAAGGAACAUGGAGAGAUUGACACUUGCCUGUGGAGGAAUUGCCAUGAAUUCUGUGGAGGAUCUCACCGUGGACUGUUUGGGGCAUGCUGGACUUGUCUAUGAACACACAUUGGGUGAAGAGAAGUUCACCUUUAUUGAGCAAUGUGACAACCCCAGAUCUGUGACUCUGCUUCUCAAAGGACCAAACAAGCACACCUUAACACAGAUCAAAGAUGCUGUGCGUGAUGGGCUUCGUGCUGUGAAAAAUGCAAUUGAGGAUGGUUGUGUGGUGCCAGGUGCAGGUGCAUUUGAAAUUGCUGUGGCAGAUGGUUUGGUCAAGCACAAGUCCAAUAUAAAGGGCAGAGCACAGCUGGGAGUACAGGCAUUCGCUGAUGCUUUGUUGAUCAUUCCUAAGAUUCUUGCACAAAACUCUGGAUAUGAUCCUCAGGAGACUCUUGUAAAGGUUCAGACUGAAUUCUCUGAAUCACAUCAACUUGUUGGUGUGGACUUAAACACUGGUGAACCAAUGUUAGCAGGAGAAGCUGGUGUUUGGGACAAUUAUAAUGUCAAGAAACAGCUUCUGCAUUCAUGUACUGUGAUUGCCAGCAAUAUCCUCCUGGUUGAUGAAAUCAUGCGAGCUGGAAUGUCUUCCUUGAAAGGCUAAAUUGUUAGUUAAAAAAUGGAAUUCUUUUAUGGAUGAACAGCUCUAGCCCCUUCACAUCCAGCAUACCACUAUACUGCAACCUUCUGCCUGACUCCUCCACAAAGCAAAGUGUAGCUAAUGUGAACAAGGCUUCCAUUUCUCUGGUUAUAAUAGUUUUCAGAGAAGUCUGGCAUUUUCACUUCAGUCUUUAAUCCAUUAGCAGCACAGCAGUACUAGUGUUCAUGUUUCACGGUUAUUUAUUUGAAUAAUUUUGUAUUGACCCACAUUCAACUGAAUGGCUUGGUUUUCCAUUUGUAUCCAAGCACUGAAUAAAAUUAGUUGUUUUGCAAGUGG